AUGGCUAUCAUCAACAAUGUCUCUUUCAUUGAUCAAAUCAAUGCCAUGACCGAGGCUGCAACAAUUAAGGUCAAAAUCAUACGCCUGUGGACACAGACGUACUCAAACAACCCUCAAAUGGUGGCAAGCCUGGAAAUGAUUUUGAUGGACGAGCAGUCUAACAAGAUUCAGGCUACUAUUAAGAGAAAUCUGAUAAGUGCCUUUGAAAUGAAACUUGAAGAAGGCUUAGUCAAGAUCAUCUCAAACUUCGGUGUAGCCUCUAACACUGGCAGGUUUCUUCUUACUGGUCAUCCAUGUAAGAUAAAUUUCUACCGGCAUACUUCAGUCAAGGCCUCUACCGAUUUUGUGAAUGAUGCCCAGGUUUUCUCAUUCAUGUCUUUCAAUGACAUUCUUGCCAAGAAUGUGGACCCUGUUUAUGCAUUUGAUGUCAUUGGUGAGCUAAUUUACUGCGAGGACGCUAAAGUCUUGAAUUCAAAAAAAGGUGUUGGUAAACAGAUCAAGACACUUCAGCUUCGAGAUACGGAGGGAAUGACCAUUAACGGUUGCCUAUGGGACGACCACGCUAAUGAGUUAACAACUUUCCUGAAUGAUCCUUCAAACCAGGACACUAGAGUUAUCAUGAUAAUCCAGAAUGCUAAGCUGGGGGAAUGGGAGAACAAGCCACAGGUGUCAAAUUCUAUGUUUGGAUCGAAAAUAUGGUUCAAUGUUCAAAUUCCGGAAAUACUUGCUUUCAAAGCCAGGCUAUUGAAUAACAACGUCGAGCUUAUAGCUGCUGAUCGACACUUUUCAAGCAACACGCCUGCCUCGUGUGUUGUUGUUGCAACCAUAAUCAAAAUACAAGCUAAGAAUGGAUGGUAUUAUUUAGCCUAUGCCAAAUGUAGUAAAAAAGUUGAAUGUUCUCUUGCUGAAAUUGAAGAUAUUGACACUGAUGUCGCUCCAAGUGCUACUUUUGACUACGGCGAGUGUGGCAAAAUAACUGAUGUGUACCCUAGAAUCAAGCUCCAGAUUAGGGUUCAAGAUGACACCGGAUCAGCCUCUUUUGUUCUCUUUCAACGCGAUGUUACUGCCUACAUCAACAAGCCUGCUUCAAUGCUUUUGAAGAAGAAAAGCAAGGUUGAUGAUUUUGAACUGUACCCGGAGGAAUUCAAAGCGUUUGUUGACAAGCGAUGUGCUUUCAAAAUCCGUGUUUCUGAUUACAAUCUGAAAAACAAUUACCGUGUCUAUACGGUUAACAAUUUUACGGAUGAUGAGGGUAUAAUCCAGGCUGUUCUAAAGAACUUUGGUUUUGAAGAUACCCCUACUGAAGAUGAUGGUCAAGUGGCCAUACUUGCCGACCCGGUAGCUGUUGCAUCCUCCAAGGAUGCUAUGUCUGUAACUGGAGACAAUGUCACACCUAAUGAUUUGCUGAAAAGCACUGCAUCAAGUCCCGGUGAUAAAAAAAGAGUUAGGUGUGACACUGAUUUGGUUAUAGGAUGCUCAAGUUCUACAAGUCGUCCAGAUGGCUCAUUAUUUAUGGUGUAUCCGGCUGGAAUGAACUGGGUAGUUUAUGUUGCAAUGUCUAGCCGGGUGAACCCUAUGCUGAUUUAUCUUCCGCAUAGUGUCAAUAAGAUUAAUUUGGUUGUUACAAGCAAUGACCAUUGGCAAAGGCGUCAGUUUCCUUUGGUUGUUAGCUUUGCAAUGACCAUAAAUAAAAGCCAGGGACAGUCAUUGGCAAAGGUUGGGUUGUUUUUACAACGUCCGGUUUUCACACAUGGUCAACUAUAUGUUGCUCUUUCCAGAGUUACAAGCAAAGCGGGUUUGAGGGUCCUUAUUGUGGAUAAAGAUGGAAACUGCUCAAACACAACUAAGAACGUGGUCUACAAAGGCCAUUUUGGAAAGAACCCGAUGCUUAGUGGACAACGAUUUCAAAAGCCACUGAUGCUGUUGCGUUUACGACAAGCCCGGAUAAGAGGAUGA